AUGAAGGGGAAGGUUGUUGCCGCUGUUCUGACUCUUCUCCUGAUCUCCGUGGUUGGAGCAAAAGGUAAAGCCCUGGCACGUUCAGGGAUUGAACUUCGAUGCCAGUGCAUAAGCACCCAUUCCAAAUUCAUCCAUCCCAAGUUCAUUCAGAAUGUGAACCUCACCCCAAGUGGACCACACUGCCAGAACGUUGAAGUCAUAGCUACUCUGAAAGACGGCAGAGAAGUGUGUUUGGAACCCACUGCUCCGUGGGUGAAGCUGAUCAUCAAGGCAAUUUUGGACAAGGCAAAUGACAACACUGAGUCAGUGUCCUAAGGCAAAGAAGAAAAAUGUCCUACCUCCUCCAUGAAGGCAAAACGGGAGACAUAGCAAUCAAGCUUCUGGCAACUGACCUCCUCCUACCUCCUACGUUAACACUUUAAACAGCUUCUGGAUAGUAUUCAUUCCCUGUUUGCGUACUUAUUUGAAAGCAGUACUUCAAGUCUUUUUAAGAGUUCUCAUUGUGUGAGAGAGAAACCACUUAAACUUGAAAAUGCAGACGGAAAAAUGUCUUAUUAAGAGUGAGAUAACUCUGAAGUCAUUUCUGCUAAACACAGCUAUAUUAGCGCAGUGCACUCUCAGCACAGUUUUUGCUAAAUGACACCCUCCUUUUUAGAUUAGCAACAGACCAGUGACUUGGUGAGAGAGAAUGACUUCUCUCCUAGUAUGCACAGAUAGGCAGCAUCAACUGCACCUAGGUCACCAUCAUUCAGAGAGUGGACUACUGACCAGAAGAUGCUGGUUCUCAGAGUUAGAAAGCAAAAAUUCAUGAGGCAUUAGUUUUUGUGUCAUCGUUUUCAAGUUACUAUGAACCAAUGUUAGGAAGGUUUGAAUACAUAUUUUAAUGCUAUACUUUGGUUUAGAAAAGCACAACUUUAUUUAUUUAUUUAUUUGGAUUUUAUUAGAUGUUUAAUAUUGUUUCUCUGAUAUUAAUUACUUAAGUUAUACUUUUGCAUAAGAAUGU